AUGAAUCGAGCGCAAGAUGCCAACGCACCCGCGAAGAAUCGCCAGCGACUGACGAAGCUGCGAGAUCUGUACACGGCUCUAGGCAUCGAAGGUGACGACGACAGCAGCGAUGAUAGCAAGGACCAAGACGCUUCCGCUGGUGAGGAUGAAGAUUACGAAGAGGGGGGCCAUUCGCGAUCCGGAUCCGAUGGGGGUGACCUGACUACUACCGCGCUUAAGCAGCACAAGAAGGGCGUCAAGACAAAGCAGAAGGGCGCGGCAAAGGCAACAUCAUGUGACAAGUUUGAGGCCACGCUGAGCCGCGUAUCCCCGCAUUUGCCAUUGCCGUCCCGACCGCUGAAGAAACAGAAAACAGUUCCACGUUCGGAUCAUUCGGAUAAUGACGAGCAUGAGGAGUCCCGAUCUGCCGGCCAAUCAGGGUCUUUAGGCGAGUACACGCCUAGGGUUCGAAGAAGCAAACAUCUUGAAGAGAUCGACUCGAUGAACAAUGACGGGGACAAAAUUGUAAACGUAGUCCCUCCGUUCGCACCAAAGACAACAAUUUCGUCGUGGCGUGAUUUCGAAAAGCAGUUCACGGAGUACAUGGAGAAGAAUAAUUUAAAAUUUCGCGUGCGGAGUUCAGAAAGAACGGAAUCAUACAACAAAACGCACCAAGACCAAAUACCUGUCACAUUCGAGUACUCGCAAAGGAUCUAUCGGUGCACUCACGGUGUUUCCCAAAAAUCAAGGUCCAAGGGGCAUCGCAAUCGCAAGCAGCGGUACUGCAAAUGCUCGGCGCGACUAACGGCAAUUGUUUGUCGCGUUUUGGGCAACCACUACGAAAUUGUGCUUCGGAACCAGAACCAUACCCACUCACAUUCCAACAGCGAAACCCAAGCUUCGAGUUACUUGACAACAGCUACGCUGCCACUCGACAAUCAAGAUCUUGAGGAUGUGAAGACAUUGACUGAUGCACGUGUUUCUUCGACUCACAUUACCAAUUUCCUGAACGACCGCAUUGUGACGCCACAGCAAACCAGAAACCUUAUCCGAAGUAUCAUGAGGCAAGAUUCAGCUCAAGAUAGAAUGAAGGACUUGCUUCAUGCUCUUCGACAGCUGGACGGCAGCGACGUGCUUGUCAUCCAAGACCAGUUGGAUAUCACGUGUGGUGUGCUCAUGCAGACGAAGGUACAGAAGAUGAUGUUCGAUCGGUGGGGGGAAUACUUGACGAUGGACUUCACUCACUCUACAAACAACCUCGGCUACCAUUUGGGAAGUUUGGUCGUCACUACGUGUACGGGCAGAGGUUUCCCUGUAGUAGACUUCAUGUGUCUGAACGAGAACGCAGUCACGAUUAGUUCGAUCUUGAAAUAUUUCAAGGAAAAGAAUCCGGGAUGGAAAGACGUCAAGAGCGUGGUGAUCGACAAAGAUUUCGUGGAAUGGCAGGUUCUCGAGCAGACCCUUCCAAACGCACAAAUUGUGGUGAAACGUAAAGAAUUCCGGCUGAGGGUUGCUGAUAGAGAAGAUUUACUCGAUUUGAUGACGAAGUUGCUCUACUGUCGAACGCAGGACGCGUAUCAAUCCGGCUAUGAUGCGCUGAAGGAAUACUGCAGAGCCGCAAGGAAAAGCGCGUUCUUCGCCUAUUUCGAGAAAAAACUGGCAUUCCUGCCGCAUUAUGUGGUCGAACUACGCACAUGGGAAACACUUUACUGCUGGGAAUACGACCACUAA